AAAAAAUCGUUGAGAGUUAGCUCCUACGUUAUAUUUUAUAUAUAGGACAAUGAAACUUACAACGGCGUAGACAAACAAAACGAUAUAAGCCCGAAGUAUAUAGACUACUACCGGUACUUUACAUCAAUUAUUGCCGUCGAUGCUAGCUAGUUUUUGUCAAAAUUUUACUGUAACUUUGAAAAUGUCGUUCCACGGUAGACUCGUAGGAAAAUCUGCGCUUGUAACAGGAGGAGGGAGCGGUAUCGGACGCUCCGUUUGCCAGGUCUUUGCACGAGAAGGGGCCAGUGUGGCUAUUGUAGAUAUCAACGAAGAAGGAAUAAGGGAAACUCAAUCAAAUCUCGCGACCGAUCAUGGUAACAUACAUUUCGCAAUAAAAGCUGACGUUACUUCGUCGAAGGAAACGAAACAAAUUUUCCGUACAGCAGAGGAAAAAUUGGACAGAAAGAUUUCAAUCGUGGUGAAUUGUGCUGGGAUAACGAGAAAGGUUUCAUUUGAUGAAAUGUCUGAAAGUCAAUUUGAUGAUGUCAUCAACGUCAACCUAAAAGGUACGUUCCUGGUGUCACAAGAAUUUAUUGCGUCUCUGAAAAAUUCCAAGGAAGAAACCAUCCGUGGAUCUUUGAUUAAUAUAUCGAGUUUGGCUGGAAUUAAGGGCUUUCCGAAUCAGUCAAAUUAUUGUGCUUCAAAAUUUGGGGUGAUCGGUUUGACUAAAACGAUUGCACAAGAGUACGCUCGACACAGAGUACGCAGUAACGCAGUUUUGCCGGGAUGGACAGAGACUCCUUUACUGUCAAUUAAUGUAAAAGAGAGCGUUCAAGAAUCGAUUGCGCAGGAAAUACCUAUGGGGCGAAUAGGAACCCCAGAAGAGAUAGCGAACGCUUGCUUGUUCCUUGCUUCGGAUGAAAGCUCUUAUGUAAACGGGGCGUGUCUAGAAGUAUCCGGUGGAUAUCACUGUUAACUCAUAAGACGGAGAUAAUGUUAGUAUUCGAUACCUCGCUGUUUAAUCAAUUUUACUCGUUUCCAAUAAUAAAGUGUAAAUUUUUGAAUCAUAUUCUUCAUAUACGUUUGAUUGCAGAAAUAAAAUGAUAUUGCAAAUACAAUUUUCAUAAUAAACCCGUAUUCCAUCAGAAGCUUGAGCAGUAUUAUAUUCCAACCUAUAUAGCUAGAAUAGUUUGGGUUAUUCCAAUCCCGAAGUAGAGAGAAAACCUGAUUAUCAGUAUAUCUCAUGCUUUGGCCUGGUAUAAAAGCAUCAGAACAAUAAACUUUUUUUGGAACUUGAAGAAUGACAAUUUUUUACUUGAAGAAUAAAAUAUGAUCUUUUCGUUGCUAUAUGUGCGAAACUGAAAUAUAGCGACUAUAAAAUUGCAGAAAAAUUUCGGUUAGUAUUCACCAAGUAACAAUAGUGGGUACCAUCAGUUCGUCUGUAAGGCAUAUAAUAAUACCACCAAAACCUCUAUACUCUUUACUGCAUCGAGCAUAGCAAAACCACACCUUUACUUG